AAGUCCGGAUGUGCUGCAGCAGCUACACAAACAUCGUCGAGAAAAGCUGCUAUUAAUCGCCUUCGAGAAAUCUAAGAUGUGGCUCGAUAAACAUCGAUGACUGCCGCGAGAGCCUGGCGGAACCAGUUCGAACCAGAUCUCCCAGCAGAGCAGGAACCCUAAAAAUAACCGUAGAAACAAGUUCCCCAGCAUCUGAUAAAACCAGCGAGUCCAAACACAAGCAGCAUCUCUUGCACCUUUCCUACACUGUUGAUGUGCCUUUUCACAAUCGUCCUUCUGUUGUGUUCCAGUGCUCUGAAAGACUCCUGGAGGCUCCUGGACCCACUUUUUUGGACCAGCGUCAAGUGACCUGGUGAAGUUCCACUCUUGCGUCCCUGCUGCCUCCCCCCAUCUCCUCUGUUGAGUGUUGCCAUGGCUUCUUCACUGAUGGGCUGCCAGCUUCCGCUUUCCCUGCAGAAGAUUCUACGCCUCAGCGCUACAGGAUGCAGAUUUUCCAGCAAAGCAGCACCAAAGACCCAGGUGGAGUUUGAGUAUGACGGACCAUCCAUGAAGACCACUGUCCCUGGACCACGGUCCCAGGAACUCACCAAACAGCUGGGAGGUAUUCAGAAUGUUGCUGCCGUCAACUUCUUCUGCAACUAUGAAGAGAGCCGAGGGAACUACCUGGUGGAUGUGGACGGAAACCGCAUGCUGGAUGUCUACACACAGAUCUCCUCCAUCCCUAUUGGCUACAACCAUCCUGCUCUGCACAAGGUCAUCACCAACCCCAGCAACAUGAGUGCGUUCGUGAACCGACCUGCCCUGGGAAUCCUACCUCCGGAGAGCUUCCCUGACAAACUCACCGAGAGUCUUCUCUCAGUGGCUCCCAGUGGAAUGAGCCGGGUGCAGACUAUGGCCUGUGGGUCCUGCUCCAACGAAAACGCCUACAAAGCCAUAUUCAUCUGGUACAGGAACAAAGAGCGAGGUCACAACUUGCCGUCAGAACAAGAGCUCAGCUCCUGCAUGAUCAACAAGGGCCCUGGAUGUCCAGAACUCUCCAUCCUGUCUUUCAUGGGAGGCUUCCAUGGACGCACCAUGGGUUGCCUGGCAACAACACACUCCAAGUCGAUCCACAAAUUGGAUGUGCCGACAUUUGAUUGGCCAAUUGCCCACUUCCCAAAACUGCAGUACCCGCUGGAGCAGUUCACCAGGGAGAACGCCGCCGAGGAAGCUCGCUGUUUGGAGGAGGUGGAGGAUCUGAUGGUCAAGUGGAGGCAGAAGGGCAAGCCAGUGGCAGGCAUUGUUGUGGAGCCCAUCCAAGCUGAGGGCGGAGACAACCACGCCUCUGCGGACUUCUUCAGGAGCCUGCGAAACAUUGCUCGCAAGCACGGCAGCGCCUUCCUGGUGGAUGAGGUCCAGACUGGAGGCGGGGCUACAGGGAAGUUCUGGGCUCACGAGCACUGGGGCCUGGACGACCCUGGUGACAUCGUGUCCUUCAGCAAGAAGCUCCUGACGGGAGGUUUCUUCCACAAGUUUGAGUUCCAGGCUGAUCAGCCGUACCGUAUUUUCAACACCUGGAUGGGCGACCCCACCAAGAACUUGUUCCUGUGCGAGGUUCUGGAUGUGAUCCGCCGAGAGAACCUUCUGGACGAAGUGACCCGGUCAGGGAAGACCUUGCUCAACGGCCUGUGUGAGCUGCAGACUCAGUUCCCCGGGGUCCUGAGCCGAGCCCGAGGACAGGGGACCUUCUGCGCCAUCGAUGUCUGCGAUGAGACCACACGCAACAAAAUCCUCAUUGCCGCCAGAAACAAAGGCAUCCUGCUGGGAGGCUGUGGAGACCGCUCCAUCCGCUUCCGUCCCUCGUUGGUCUUCAAAGAGUACCACGUCCACCUCUUCCUCAACAUCUUCAAUGACGUGAUGACCCAGUUCAAAUAAGUGGUCCCAGCGUCGGAUCUCCAGCGAGGCUCGGUGAAGCCGCCCGAAACCGUUCCUCUGCCACACAAAGCACAAUCCACACAGUAACUAGCACAGACCUCAGAUGACCACAGUCCAAGGUCAGAGACCAAUCCAACGCUAAGCUGUUCAGUUUGGUGGGUUACUGUCGUUGAUCAUCUCGCAGAAUGUUGUUGCCGGAUCAAGAUCUUUCAAUCCAUGUUCCAAUCAUAACUCAUGUUCCAAUACUGACCAGCAGGGAGGGCUGUUCCUCUCUAGAUUCAGGAGCACCUUUAACCCCCUCCAUCGACUUGAAUGAAUAACACGUUCUCUGCCUCCUCUGGAGUUUGUUUGGUUCGCCCUGACAUAUCGGCCGUCGCCAGCCACCAGUCUGCUGCUGUUGUAACCUUCGCCGUCUUUGUAGCUUGUUUGACCAGAAUGUUCUCUGGAUGUCUGUGGAACUGUGUUGGAAUAUAUAUGUAUGUGAAGUGUCAAGGAGCCUCACUAGCAAGGCAUGUUCAGCCACUGUUCGUGUACGGAGAAGGGAUGCUAGAACAUGGACGCCCCACAGAGUCAGAACUGUCUAGGCACUAAACUUCUGGUGUUUGGUGAUCACACUGAUCAUUCUUCCUUUCUGAAUCCACGCAUGUUUCGGUUGUUCUGACGUGGAGGCGACGGUGAGAUGGGGAAGCCUCUGGAGUCCUUCCAACUGAAUGUCCUCUGAAGGCCUCUCACAAAGUAUAAACCCCGCAUGUGCUGCUCCUUCUUCUCUGAUUCGCCCAGAUAAAUGUGAACUUUCAAUGAACCUUGAAAAUUUCAUUGGAUAUUUAGCGCCUGCAUGCUAAUUCUUUGUGAUAUAUUUUUUUUAAACAAUAGUUUGUUUUAUUCUCCUUGUUGUGCUACUGUCGGCAGCCAUGUCCUGGCGCGCUUGAGCGCCUCCUGCUGAUAUCUGUUCGCCAUUCCACCGUAAAAAUGUCAGCACCGUUGGAAAAACAAAAGUCUUAAAUCAUUUGCGUCCACGUUUUAUGUUUGUGCUUAUGAAUCAUUAUUAUUGUUUUGUAGGCAAUAAUAACAAAGCUGCCCUUUCAUUCACCUGAGAAUAAAACCUAACGUAGCCUUUAUGUAGAUGCUAGGUGGAGAUGACUCCUGGAGCUGUGUUGUGAGCAGAUGAUCCCUGGCUUUGUACUGAGGAGUGCAGAGUGAAGGUGGAGCUGAACUGACACAUGUGGGACUCAUGUUCUGCAUGGGGAAGUGGACAAAGGUCAUGGGAUGUUUGGCAUGAAACACAAGGCUUACCCCAUUAGCGUUAGCAUUAAUGCUGGGUGUCGUGACUGACAGCAUGUGGAAGUGAGAGGAGGCUUUCUCAUCACCCAGAUGCUUUGUCGACGUUUUGCAAACUCCAGCUCCAACCGGCGCAUGUUUCCUUCGACCUGUGGCUUACACUUUGAUCCCAAGAUGUAGCAAACAGAUCAACACCAACGUCUGGUGUUGGACCUCCAGCUGCUGCUUCUCGAUCCAGGCCUCCACCAGUGUCUGUGAAUGUUCCUCGGAGCUUGUCAGCCGGUGCAGAGACAGCGUCACCACCAGAGCAGCGAUCUCCAGGCGGGGGUGGCGGGGUGGGGGGCGACGACAGCCUGGCCCGUCUCCUGGUCCUCAGUAUUGUAUAGAGAUGAGUCUAACAAGCCUGUGUUGAAAUUCGAUGGCAUUCUGUGUGUUUGCACUCGUGAUCUGAUCUUGGCGAUUUUUGAUGUAAUUACUGUAGAUUGCUCUUACUGUUGUCUUUAAUACAAUCUGUCCAAGUACUGUGAAAAAUAAAUCAAGU